UGAAGCUUGGCGAUCUUUGCAAGUUUGUUCCUGCAAUGCUUGAUUGAAACAGGAGGCGCAGGAGGUGAAGAUCUGCCAUGGCACGGUCCAGGUCGAGGAGCCGCAGCUCGCCCCCGCGGCGGCGGCGGAAGCGGCAGCGCGCGCGCUCCUCGCCGUCGCGGUCGCGGCAGUCCAGGUCGCCGAGCCGGCGGCGGGUGGCUUCUCGCAGCCGGCGGGCGCGGAGUAGGUCUCCCAGUUACAGGCGACCGCGAGCACGCUCGGCGUCUAGAAGUUUUCCCAGCCGCGAUCAUGUCGCGGAAGGAGAUGCACCGUCGCGGAUUUUCGUGGCGCACGCCGAUUGCGCCAAAAUCAUCGGAAGGAAAGGGGAGACCCGUAUGGAGAUCGAGCGCUCGAGUGAGGCAUCGAUCAAGAUCCAAAGGGAGGAGGAUAUGGAUUCUGACCGCAAGGAACGCUGGGUCGACAUCAUUGGGAAUGCUCGACAGAGAAGGGCGGCACUCGAGAGGAUCCUCGAUGUGGCCAACUACGUGCGGGAUGAAGACGGAAAGGUGUUGAAGGAUGGUGCGUCGGUGCCUGCUCCGGGAGCAGGAGACGCAUUGAUACUUCAGAUCAGCUGCAAUGAGGUUGGCCGUGUGCUUGGUCGUGGUGGUGAGACGAUUCGAAGACUGGAGGACGAGUCCCGCGCUCGGCUUGAAAUCGACAAGGGGGAGGGUCGGCUCACCAUUUCGGGGCGCCCCGAGUGCAUCGAACGUGCCAAAGAGCUGGUGCUUCAAGAGGUGAGCCACUGCAAGCUGGCAGAUGGAACCGUCCUCAAAGAUGAUGGCCGACCGAUGGGCCCGGGUGGCGGAGCUCCUGCAGGCGCAGGAAAGGAAGGCUUCAAGCUUUGGGUGCUGGGGAAAGAGGCCGGGAAGGUCAUCGGCCGUGGCGGUGAGACGGUGCGGGAGAUCAUGCAGCGCACGGGCGCCGAAAUCCAGGUCGAAAGAACGGAGAACAAAGAUCAAGGACAUGCAGAGCGAAUGAUCCAGAUCUUUGGCUCCAAAGCGCAAAUUGGAGAGGCUUUUCCCCUCAUUAUCAAAGAUGUGAGCUUCGCACGCAGUGAGCUGGGUUUGGUGAAAGAUCCAGCGAUGACACCGGAAGAAGCCGCCGAUGCUGCCAGGUUGCGAGGUCCUGGCGGUGGAACUGCGAUGCCCUUCCCAGGUGGUCCUCCUCCACCGGGAGCUGCUGCGCCGCCCUUCUUUCCGGCCACCAUGCCAGGCAUGCCACCGCCACCUGGAAUGAUGACCAUGCCUCCGAGGGAGCCCCCAGAAAGACGGAAGUCCUCGGUCGUCCAGCCGCCAGGUAUGGUGCCAAUGCCUGGAAUGCCACCCGGAAUGCCACCCACCAUGCCACCCACCAUGCCACCAGGUCACAUGCCGCCCUUCCCGAACGGAGUUCCACCCGGCAUGCCUCCGCCUCCGCCCGGGUCCAACCCCGAACGCAAAGGCCGGAAGAGCCGAUCGAGAUCACGAAGCUCUUCCAGUCGGAGUGAAAAGAAAAAGAAGAAGAAGAAAGACAAAGACAAAGACAAAGACAGCAGCGCUUUGGCCAAGCCGCCGAUGCCCUUCCUUCCGCACCUGCCGCACGGUCCUCCUCAUAUGCCUCCGGAGUUCAUGGGUCCUCCAGAGCACUUCCCACCCGGCAUGGUACCCAUGAUGGAAGAGCCGAUUGACUGGGACGACCUCUGAAGCCAUCGACGAGAGUCGAAGAUCGACCUGAGACGGUCAGAGACGGUUUUCAGAUUCAGAUGGAAACGCAUGGAAACGACGAAGCCAAAAGAAGC